UUCGGUGUCGCCACUCCUGGCAGUGUCCACGUCAGCGCCCGCCAUCAAAUCCUUCGACGUGGCAUCCGGCGCGUCCCUGGGUGACGUGGCAGCGCGCCACCCUGGCACGGUGACGGAUUUAGGGUUUGCAGAAGCGGCAUUCGGAGGGGCGGGGCCGGGAAAAGAGGUGCUUCUGUCGUCGUCCGCCGAAUCAGCGGUUUAUGUUUGGGACGCGCGCGCUCGAUCGCAGGCGGGCGUCUUCCCCGCGUAUGGAGGGGCGGGCGAACUGUGGAGCUGCAGCGGGGGAGGGGGGAGCACAGGGCACCUGCUGGCAGCAGGGGGAAACUCCCAGGUAAGGCGCGGACUGGGGGGAAAGGAAAUGUGGCCGGUAGGUGGGGCGAUUCUGCAGUGGGGAAGGGGGGUCUUCUUCAGGAGACCUGCUGGCGGAAAGAGGGGGUUCCAGAUCUUCCUGUGGGACAUGCGUUCCAGCCGGUUGUUGGGGCGACUGGAGGACGCACACACAGAGGAUGUCACUCAGGUUCGCUUCCACCCGCUCCACCGCACUGCACUCCUCUCAGCCGCGCUCGACGGCCUCAUCUGCCGCUUUGACCUCUCUCCACCGCACGAGGCGUCACUCUCCGCCUCGGCAGUAACCACCUCAUCAGCAGCAGCAGCAACAUCAGAGCGUUAUGCCGACGCCGACCCACUCCAGUCAGUAAUAAGCCCUGGCACAUCCAUCUCUCGCAUUGGCUUCUUUGGCCCGUCUGCCUCUGCUCUUUGGUGCCUCACUAGCGUUGAGACUCUCAGCCUCUGGGACGUCUGGACCGGCGAUACCAUUUCGUCUUUUGACGACAUUCGGUCAACUCUCUCUGAAAAGUGGCCCCUGCAAGCCCCU